AUGGUCUCCGUUCCGCCUCCUCCCUCAUCCACACCCACCUCCGGCGAGACUCUUCGGAUUCCGUCGGCCGUUUCUCUCGUCACCUGCCAUAAUUCCACCUGCAAAGCCAUCCCCGGCAAUGUCUGCGACGGAAAAUCCUGUCUUUACCGGCAACCAAACCCUCUCGGCAGAUUCCCCAUCGUGACCUGCCACGUCGUCCAAAGCUCGGUCUUGGAGCUUCAAUUUUCAUGGCCACCGUUCUCGACCAUCUCGCCGCCAAAGUUAAGUACAACAUAUGACGAAGUUAAAGUCUUUCCCAUCCCUGCUGCAUUGUUGAGCGAGAUUCAGUGGGCGGGUUUCAUCUUGUUGUGUUGCGGAUGCACCACUGCUCAGUUGAAUUCAAGUUCUGAUCGUGUUCUCCAAACAUCUCUUCUGGGCUGGAUUAUGGCAAUUGUUAUGGCUCUUUUAAGUGGUUUCGCCGGAGUGUAUACAGAGGGGAUUUUUUCAUGGCUACUCAUUCAUAACAUUUCUCAUGAUUCUUAA